CAAAACCACUUUGGGAUUUGGAUAGGGACUGUAUUGAACCUGUAGAUAGAUUUCGGUAGUACUGUCUCCUUAACAAUAUUAAAUCUUCCAAUCUGUGAACAUUAGAUGUUUCCAUGUAUUUAUGUUUUCUUUAUUUGCUGGCAUGUUGUUCUCUGUGGACACAGAUGAAGAAAGAUUUCACACCCAACAUUAUAACCAGCUAGUGCUGGUCUACAGUACAUUUCAGCUAGAAUGACAGCUAUUUGCAUGCAGUAGGUUAACUCCAGGAGGAAUUAAAGAGAGGAACUGUGGUUUCUCCAGCCACUACAUUUGCAAGUCUCUCUCUCCAAUUUAUUGGCCUAUGCCUGCGGGUUCACUUUCCUGAAUUCAGCUGAACUGCCUAGACACUUUGUCUAGCCCUGCCAACCUUGGGCAUACAUAUGCCUUCUCCAAAGACAGAUAACAGGUGCAAAAAUGUGUUUUCUGAACAGCUAUUGUGGAAUCAUGGAUAAUUAGCUGCUGAAGAAUUUGCUUUCUGCAUAAACCAAAUUAGAAUUAGCUGAAGUGAUAACAUACUUUCUGCUUUAUGGAUAUAACAUAAAGAGUGACCCACUGCAAUCUAUCUGUCAGUGAUAGUAUGGGUCAAUAAUUUUAGGAAACAGAGGAUGCCUGGAGCAAGAGCUAAUUUGUAGCUAACUUCUCACUCAUGAGCUACUUGAAGGUGUUCUCAAGCUGCCAUAGGAAUCAUCUUGGCUGGACCCCACAAAAGGCAAUAUUCUUUUCUUCAUGUCCAUUUUAUUCACUCCUUUGCUUCAUUGUUUUCAGUGUGUUUGUCAUGUCAGAGAGUCUAUAGGUUUUGUUUGCAGAUCAACAGUAUUGUUCAAGGUCAAUAUAUUCUAGAAAUGUGGUGGGCAUCCAUAUAGGAAAUUAGUUUUUCAAUUCUAUUAGAAAUGUCAGAAACUUGAAUGUAUAGGAAUUAGACUAGUUCAAUGCUGAUUAAAUUUCUCCAGUCAUUAGAAUACCAGACAGGUUAGCUAAACUAUUAGGCACAGACAAGUAACAGAAAUUAUAAGGAGCAGCCUGAUGGAACAUUAGCAUCCAGGUACAUUUCAUGAGUACUAUCUUCAGUUUUGCCUACUUGACUAGGCUCCUUCACCUUUCUCUUUAAAUCUAUACCAACAGACUGUAUUCUAUGUGCUUGCCAUCCUUACACUUUUGGAUGUGAGGGUGAUGGAGCCAGCCAUAAAUCUUAUAGCAGAUUUAAGGUCCAAGAAAAGCAUUUCAUAAGAGGUGAGUUUCCAGGAUACCAGCAAUUUCUUGUACGGAGAGAUAAACCUCAUGCAUCAUUUCAAGGUCACUCUCAUUUCCCCGUAUAACUUUGGGAGUUUUCAGGUUGCACGUGACCUAAUUCAGGUGAGGCAUCUUUGGUUGUGGAAAGACUCAGUGAAAUUUGUUUGCCACUCUAGCAACACCUAGCAACAGAAAUUCAAGGUUUGUGUACAUAGUGGCAGGUUCAGGGGGACUGUACCUUUUUACCACCUUAAAGACCUGUUGGAACACCAUACCACCUCAUCCUCAAAGAAUGGCGCCUGAAGAAUCAUAUCUAAACCUGGUUAAUAAGGACCUGAAGGACUAGAAGACAUUAUUCCAGGCACAGUUCUAAAGAUGUUCCUCCAAAAUUCCUGUUUCCUAGUUAUUCAAUCAAACACAAAACUGGGUAUUUCUGUGAGGGAACUUUGUAAAUGUAAUUAAGGUUGAUAAUCAGUAGAUAUUAAGAUAGGGAGAUGAUCUUGAGUAAAUGCUAUAAUUCUAAGGUAACCACUAAAAGAAAAAUGUAAAAACUACAUAGCUGUCAUGUCAAUAAAAUAGGAAAAUAAAAUAAUAAUGAUCAAUCCAAAAGAAGGCAAGAAAGGAGAGAAAAAAAAGGACAGGGCAAAUGGAAAAUUAAUGGUAAUUACGAUCCAACUAUAUCAAUAAUUCUUUAAUAUUAAAUUGACUAAAUGGUUCACUUAAUAUAUAGUGAUUAUCAGUAUAAUUGAAAACACAUAAACUCAAUUACAUGCUUAUUCUUUAAAAUUGGUGAAAUAUUAUAAAACCUAGGUCGUGAUCAUUUUGUAAAUAUUCCAUGGGUGGUUGGGAAGAAUGUGUAUUCUCUACAGUUGAUCUAGAAUUGUACAAAUGUUUACUAGAUCAUACUUAUUUGAGUCAUCCAAUUCUCAUAUAUUUUUGUUAAAUUUUGCCUGCUUGAUCUAUCAAUAAUUAUAAGAGAUGUGUUUCAGUCUCCAAUCCUGAUGAUACUUUUGCCAGCUUUCCCCUAUAUUCCUAUCAAUUUUUGUUGAUAUAUUUUAAAACUAUUUAGUUACAUAAAUACAUGUUAGAAUGUUUCAACUUGAGAACAUUAUCAUUUUGAUAUUUUCCCUCUCCAUUCUCCCCAUCGCAGUCAUAUUGUCUAAAAAUAUGCUUCUAGGUUAUUAGAUAUAUAUGUUCUCAUUAUUUGAUUUAGUAUUUUUCUGUCACAUAUAAACAAACUCUGGAAAGAUAUUUGAUUGCUGUUACUGUGACAUCAUUUAUCAUAAUUUUCUAUUUUCCUUAUCAUGUGGUUUGUUCUCUGAAAUGCCUUUCUGAUAUGUAUCUUUACGUCAAAUUUUAUUUGAACUUAUAUAUUGAAGAAAAUUUUAAAACUCAUGCUCUCACAUUUGAAUAAUAUUUCAGAUUUCUUUUCAGUUAAUACUUUAAUAAUAUUAACCCAUUGAUUUCAUGUAUUCAGUAUGGCUAUGAAUGUUGAUUUGAUUCUUGUUACUUGGUAGGCAACCUGUUCUUUUCCUUUAGAAAAUUCUAGAAUUUUCUCUUUGGUGUCAUUUUAAAUUUCAGGGGUGUGUGUGUGUGUGUGUGUGUGUGUGUUUUCCUCUUCGGUGCCCAGUUUGUAAUCUCUGGGUUCUUUCAAUCUAAGGUCAUUCUCUUACUUUUUAAAUGUACAGAAACUUUUUCCAUUAUUUCUUUUAAUAUUUCCUCCUAUUUUGAUUUUUCUCUUUUUUUUUGGGAAAUACUAUUCUCUAGAUACAGACAGUUCUAUUUCUAUUUUCCAUGUAACUUAAUUUUAUUUUUGCAUUCCUACUUUUUUUCUUUCCUUGUUCUUUUCUGUCAGAGUUUGCCAAUCUGAUAUUCCAAAUUUCUGCUUCAUUAAGCAAUUGUAUCCAUUCUACUAUGAACUUCAUGUCUUGUGACUUUAUUUCUUGGUCUCUUGGUUCUUUUUAAAAGAUUGUAUGUUAUUGUUCUUCUGCUGAUAACGUCCCUUGGAUUUGCAUCCAAGUAAUUUCAAAACAUAUUUAUAAACAUGCUUUCAGUAUUUUUACUGAAAAUUUACAGUUAAUGUGGGGAUGUGGCUGUAUUUUAGUGUAUUUAAUAUGAUGUGUGCUAGGACUUGCAAAGGAAAGAGUGCCUAUGGACCCCAAUAAACCAAACUGUUUCUGCUUCUACUAAGAGGCAGAAUUUUACAAGGUCUGAAUAAAGAAAUAAAAGCUAGGGAUUGCAGGAUUAUACAGAAUGUAGCAGUAAUAGUUUGGGACAAUAGAGAAGAUUUGUUGGAAGUCUGAGCAGGGAUUGUACGGGCUGUUCUGCAUUCAAUAGCUGUCCUAUAAUGGUGUCUCCAACCCUGGAAUGUUACAAUCACAGCGUUUGCAACAUUUUCUGCAAACAUGCAUUUUGCCUAGUUCUAGCUAAACUGUUUGCAUGGUAUAUAAAUGUAAUGGGAAGAAACUUGAUUGCUGUCAGUAACCAGAAUAUUUUUAUAUUUGUUUCUUUUCUCACUGUAACUGGAAGUUAAUUAAAAAAGCGAUGGUCUAAGUAAAAGAUAUAAGCAAAAGCCUCACCAGGCACCACCCUAACCUGAGAAUUGACAAUUAGGAAUCCUUUUUUCUUUAACAAUAAACUGACUGGCGUAUCAAUGCUGAGACACUUCUCUUGAGUGCUCAGUUGCCCGCCAGCAGCGCAUUACCUACUUCCAAUCACCUCCCGCUUCUUCCAUGUGCUUUUCCUCUCCGCAGCCUCCCUGGGCCGCCUCACGCGCGCUCAGCCCUGCGCUAGCUGCGCCUCUCCAGGUCUCAACGUCUCAACUGCUGUUCAUCGCCAGGGCUCCAAGACAGCGAGCCAUGUUCCUUCUUCUGGUGCUUCUCACCGGACUUGGUGGGAUGCAUGCAGACCUCAAUCCUCAUAAAAUCUUCCUGCAGACCACAAUUCCAGAGAAGAUUUCAUCAUCGGAUGCUAAAACAGAUCCAGAACAUAAUGUUGUUUACAUGAUUACAAUAGAAGGAAAGCCAUAUUUUGUCCAUCUCAAAAAGCAAUCAAUUUUAUCUUCAGCUUCUUUUAUUCAUUCUUAUGACAAAAAUGACAUCCGUCAUUCCAAACCUCUGCCAGUUCAGAUGGAUUGCAAUUAUAAUGGAUAUGUUGCGGGUAUUCCAAAUUCUCUUGUGACCCUCAGCGUGUGUUCAGGACUCAGGGGAACGAUGCAGCUGAAAAACAUCUCAUAUGGAAUUGAACCGAUGGAGGCUGUAUCAGGAUUUAUACACAAGAUUUAUGAAGAAAAAUUUGCUGACACUAAUAUUCUCUUAGAAGAAAAUGACACUUAUUCUUGGUUUAAUUCAGAGUAUCAAGUCAGAAAAAGUUCAGAAAAAACUGACUUUAUUAAGUUAUUCCCUCGAUAUAUUGAAAUGCAUAUUGUUGUGGACAAAAAUCUGUUUGAUUACAUGGGCUCUGAUAUAAAUGCUGUAACGCAGAAGGUUAUUCAGAUAAUUGGCCUUGUUAACACUAUGCUUACCCAGUUACAACUGACUGUCAUUAUAUCUUCCAUUGAAAUCUGGUCAAAUAAAAACAAAAUUUCUACUACACGGCAUGCUGAAGAUGUAUUGUUAGAAUUUUUUGAAUGGAAAAAGGACCAUGUUAACUUUAAACCACAUCAAAUUGCAUACUUAUUUGUCUACAGGAAACUUCCCACCUUAAUAGGAGCCACAUUUCCUGGGCAAGUAUGUAAUAAGGAUUUUGCUGCUGCAGUUGCUCUGUACACAGAGGGUUUAUCCUUGGAGUCAUAUACUGUCGUUAUUGUUCAAUUGCUUGGCCUUAAUCUGGGAUUAACUUAUGACAAAACUGACACCUGCCAUUGUUCAGGAGAUGUUUGCACAAUGACACCAAAAGCAGUGCACUCUGGUGGUGUAAAGGAUUUUAGCGUCUGUAGCUUGGAUGACUUUAAAUAUAUUUCUUCUCAUAAUGGCCUUACAUGUCUUCAGACAAACCCUCUUGAAAUGCCAACCUACACACAAAGGAGAAUAUGUGGCAAUGGAUUGUUGGAAGGAGGCGAAGAAUGCGAUUGUGGCAAUACAAACAAUUGUACACAUAAGUUAUGUUGUGAUGCUUUAACAUGUAGACUGAAAGGUAAUGCGCAAUGUGGUUCCGGAGACUGCUGUUCAAAAGAUUGCAAGUUCAAACCAGCUAAUACGAUUUGCAGGAAAUCAGUUGAUAAGGAAUGCGAUUUCACUGAAUUUUGCAAUGGAAGCCAUCCAUACUGUUUGCUUGACACUUAUGUACGUGAUGGAGAAUAUUGUGAUUCAGGUGGAGCCUUCUGUUUUCAGGGAAGGUGUCGAACUUUUGACAAACAAUGUGAUGAUUUAAUCGGAAGAGGUUCAAGAGGUGCUCCAAUUUUCUGUUAUGAUGAAAUUAAUACCAGAGGAGACAAGUUUGGAAACUGUGGCACUGCAUAUUGUUUGUUUCAACAUAUUCUAUGUGGAAAAUUAGUCUGUACAUGGGAACACAAAGACUUAAUAUCACGUCCAAAUUUAUCUGUGAUUUAUGCACAUGUACGAGACCAAACAUGUGUGUCUACGUAUCUACCCAGUAGGAAGCCACCUCCAGUAGCUUCAAGUGUUUCAAUCACAUCAUAUUAUUCAGUUGAUGACAGAGAUGAAACAUUUGUACAAGAUGGUUCCAUGUGUGGUCCUGAUAUGUAUUGUUUCAAAAUGCGUUGUAAGCAUGUUAGAUUCCUGAUGGAUUUUGAAACGUGCGAGGCUUCUAUUGAGUGCAGUGGUCAUGGAAUUUGCAACAAUUUUAACCAUUGCCAUUGUGAAAAGGGGUAUAAUCCUCCUCACUGCAAACCAAAGAAAGAAGCAUUUGGAAGUAUUGAUGAUGGACACUUAGUACCAGCUGAGAAAAGUUACGUGGAGGAGGGAAGACAUGCCCCUUUUCAAAAACAACGGUUUCAACUCAUUUUCUACAUUUCGCUACCUGUGCUUAUUAUUACUACUGCCAUUUUAAUAAAACGGAAAAAAUUGAGAGAGCUAUGCUAUAGAGGGGAAACUGAAAGUGAGAGCUCUGUGUCACAAGAAAGCAGCAGUGACAGCAAGUCAUCCCUCAGUGAAAGGGCCAAGGAAGAAGCCUACUUAAACAGAUAUAGCACAGAUCAUGAAGGACACCUCUGUGAACCACCAAGAAAACCUGUAAAUCUUGCCUUCUUUACCAGAAUUAUAGUUAAGAACAAAGACAAGUUUCAGAGGAUGCUCUUACCCAUGAUGCUUGAGAUGAUCCAUCCUAACAUUUUGGAAUUUCUAACAAUUUAA